GGGGCUACUGUGAGGCUCAACAAGCUCGAUUACUUCAUCGAUCACCAUAAAGUAGGAAGUAUUCCCCGGUCUUCUCUCAAUGCAAUUAGUGAUAUACCAAGCGCUUUCGGGUUCACCCCAGUCACAGUAGUGGCCACAGCUGCCGAGCCCUCGGACCUAGACGCGGUCUUGCGAAAUUGGACGAGCAUCGAUGAUGUCUUUCAGGCUGGUUUCGCGCAAGUUAUCUUUCUUGCGGGCCAGAAGAGCAGCAGCACGCAGAACCUGCUCGGCAAAAAUGCAGUCGUAGCUCCUCUUGAUGCCUCUGACUUGCCGUCGGGGCCGUACUUCAUCGACUCGACAGGUUCGGUAUACAAGGCUUACCGUUUGUAUGAUGACUUUGUCGGAGCUUUCGCGGAGUCACUUUUGCAAAAGCCAGACGGGUCUUUCGAAACGCUCUCGGCCAAGGUUAGCUCCUCUGCCACGGUGAGCAUUGGCGUUCCAUCGAGACUAUACUUUACGAAGACGAAGGAAAAGCCGCUGGCCGGCGUGCGCAUCGGAGUAAAGGAUCUCUUCGAUCUCAAGGGCGUGAGAAAGUCCAACGGAAACCGGGCGUGGUACCACUUCUACCCUGCAGCCAACAAGACUGCUCAUGCAAUUUACAACCUCAUCGAUGCCGGCGCUGUCAUCGUCGGCCAGCAGAUCCCGGCGCAAUUUGCACAAGGUGGUUCGCCAACUGCCGAUUGGAUUGACUAUCACGCACCGUUCAACCCCCGAGGAGAUGGCUAUAACGAUGCUGGCGGCAGUUCAACAGGCGGUGGCGCAUCCAUCGCCGCAUACGAGUGGCUUGACUUGGCCGUUGGAACAGACACUGGUGGAAGCAUCCGCGGUCCUGCAGCUAUGGGCGGAUCCUUUGGCAACCGACCAAGUUGGGGAAGCGUGUCGGCAGAUGGCUGCAUGUCCCUGUCUCCAACGAUGGACACCAUUGGCUUUAUCACCAGAGAUCCAGUGCUCUGGGAUGCAGCUCAGGCGGCUUUAUAUAAGAGCAAGUAUACCUCCUACGCCGGUGACAAGACACCCAAGUGGCCGAAAAAAGUAUACCAUAUUGGCGGCUGGGGGGACCUUGCACCACUUGACGACUUAACGCAGGUACUUGUGAAUGUCAGAGACAAGAUCAUUGAGUUAACUGGCUCAGAGCUCCAUGUGACUGAGAUUGCAGAUGAAUGGGACAAAACCAGGCCCAAGGCAGCCCAGAAUGCCACAAUAGACGAAGUACUUGAUCGUGUGUAUGUUACCAAGGUACAAAAAGACGUUGUACGGCUCGUUCGAGAACCAUUUUAUGCCGAUUAUAGUGCAAAACACGACGGUGCUCUCCCAGCUGUCGAUCCAGCCAACACAAUCCGAUGGGAUUUCGCCGAUCAGACAUCCGAAUCAGACCUCGCCGCCGCCGAAGCUAACAGGACGAUGUUCCGAGACUGGCUGCAGUCAGAAUUACUGACGCCGGACGAAGAGACAUGCUCCUCAGCGAUCAUAAUCUGGGCGACAUACCUCGCCGAUCCAACGCCGCGUAACGUUUACCUGGAUCCGCCGAAGGUGAAUCCCAAGUUCUACUUGUCACGCAUCGCGCCGUUUGCAGAAGUCCCAGAUUUUACGAUGCCAGUUGGCGAGUUCGAGGUGAGUAGCAGUAUCACGAAUCAUACACAGAAGUUGCCCUUGGGAUUGGGCUUCAUGGCAGCUAAGGGUUGCGACGGAUUGUUGACGAGGCUGGCACAAGAGAUGGUGAAAAGUGGCAUUAUUGGUCAAUAUAAGACUGGGGGGACACUA